AUGGAGGGACGCACAGACCUCUACAGGCUAGAGAACGGCAGUCUUACUGCCAUUAGGUAUCGGGAUGAAAUCCUUGAACCCAUGGUCAGACCCUACGCUGUUCACCUGUCAGCCGUGAUCCAGUCGGCUGCAGUCGAGCAGGACACUGGUGUUGUAUCGGCCAGCCUUGGGGACAACGUGACUCUACGCUGCUCCUACGACAGUCAGGUGUUGAUGCACUUCUCCUGGUACAGGCAGACCUUAGGAUUCAGGCCGGAGCUCCUGUCUAGUGUUUACAAACAUGAUGAGCCGUCUAAAGUCUUCCACUGGUUGGAGGAGAAUCCUCGUUUCUCUGUGCGGAGGGAGGAAGGGAAAAAUCAUUUACACAUCUCUCACGUCCAACCCUCAGAUUCGGCUUCGUACUUCUGCGGAGGCUCGCACUCCAACAUGUUCGAAUUUGGAGAGGGGGUCUUUUUAAGUGUCAGAGGAGCCAGACUCCAGGAACACCAGGACAUUGUCCAGGGGCCUGCAUCUGAGACCGUUCCCCUAGGAGGCUCUGUGACUCUCAACUGUACAGUUCUCACUGGGACCUGUGAUGGAGAACACAACGUUUACUGGUUCAGACACGGGUCUCGCCAUGGCAUCCUUCACACACACAGUGAUCAGUGUGAACGCAUCUCUGUACCAGGGUCUCCCUCACACAGCUGUUCAUACCACCUGCAGCAGACCAACCUCAGGGCCUCUGAUGCCGGGACCUACUACUGCGCUGUGGCCUCCUGUGGCGAGAUACUGUUCGGCAGAGGAAGUGAGCUGCUGAUCCCAGACGACCAAACGGCACAGAUGAGAACCUUGCCAUGUGACGCCACGCUGCUUCACAGCGACCAAUGUGAGCUGAUCACUUCUUCACACCCCACUGGAGAAACCAAAACACUGCACACCUAUAUUGAGGUUUUGAGAUAUGCAUCUCUGGGAUCCCUGUGGCCCCCAACGUCCUCAUUCCAGAAAGGUGAAGAUAGCAUCAAAUGA